AGUUAAGAAGCUAUUUUGCGGUACGAAAAACUCGGAUAGUACAAUAGUUUCGUUCGAGUUUGUGACAUCAUGCGUCAGCUAUUGAUAGCGCAUGAGUAGAUGUUUCACAUUUUGGAGCUGAAAUAAACUGUGAGCCAGAAAUAAGAGCCUUAAGGGGUCUUGUUACUCAAAAUUAAAUACUUAAUGUGAUAUUAUAUUUCUGAAAGUCUAUAGAUGAUAAUAAAAUUAACAUAAUACAAUGGCUAAAGCUGAACAAGUUUUAAAUUUAGAGCCUGCUUCCGAGCUUCAUUUCGUAGGUCCUUUCACUGAUGUGGUCACAUCUUACCUCAAACUGAUGAACCCUCUAGAUCGACGUGUUUGUUUUAAAGUGAAAACCACAGCUCCAAAGAAAUAUUGUGUUCGGCCUAAUAGUGGUGUCCUAGAGCCUAAACAAGUAAUAAGCGUAGCAGUUAUGCUCCAACCCUUUGAUUAUAAUCCCACAGAAAAGAAUAAACACAAAUUUAUGGUCCAGACAAUGAUUAUGCCAGAUGGGGAUGUAAAUUUAGACAAUUUAUGGAGAGAUGCCAGGCCUGAAAGUCUUAUGGAUUCUAAGUUAAGAUGCGUCUUUGACAUGCCUGUCAAUGAAACUGUUCAAAAUAAUAACUUAGAUACCAAUGCAGUCCAGCGAGAAGACAAAACAACGGUUAAUAAAGUCAUGGCAGAAUCUUCUAUCAAAUCAUCUUCAAAGGCAUCUAAUGUAGAUUUGGAGUUAAAAGAAAUGCAAGAGGAAAACAAACGACUCAAAGGUGAAAUAAUACGAAUGAAACAAGAAAACUCACAAUUGAAGGCAGAAGGACUUAGGCUGAGGUCGCGUGGACCAACAACUGAUGCAGGUUCACAGCUUGGAGGUCACGCAGGCAGCGCAAAAGUCCCCUUCGAUGACAGACUGCAGGAACAACCCCAGUCUCCCAUGCUCUACCUGGCCGUCAUGCUCACCAUUGGCCUGCUGGGCAUCUUCCUCGGAAAAUUUGUCGUUUAGACCUGUCCUUCGCACCUUGUAUCCCUUUUUUUUAAGCUAUUGGUUUGUUUGAGAAGUAGACAGUUGCCAGAAAAAGCAAUCAGUGACAAAAACAAUUGAAAACAUUGGAAUUAGUGCCAGAAAUAUAUAGAAAUUAACAUGGCAACUAUUGACUAAAGCUUUCCUUUAUUUCCUAGUUUUUUUUUUUUUUGUUUCCUUUUUGAGUUUCCACCUUUAUAAUUUUGAAGUAAAUUUCUUUUUGCCACUUUUUUUACUGCUUUCAAAACUUAGUUUAAGUUAUAUUUAUGAGAAAGAUAUAAGACGAGGUAAUUUUUUUUGAAAGAAAUUUUUUCGUUGUGUGCUUCCCCCCUCCUCUGUUUGUAUGCAACAUACAAUCAGUUUGAAAAAUCAUAAAGAGUUAUUAUAUAUUAAAACUUUGCACUGAACUAUGUUUUUAAAUAUUGAUUAUUUGUUUUUCACAAUAUAAUAAAUAUUAUAUCUUUUUGAAACAUUCAUUAUGUUGUGGAAAACUUUAGUGUCAUUACAAAUUUAAUUUCUAAAUCUUUUAUUAUUGGGGGCUGUGAUGUUUUAAAUUUAAGAGCUUUUAGCUUGAUUGUAUAAUAUUACAUUUGUGCAUCUAAAGAUUAAAAAAACAAAAGCAGUUUUGCGACAAUUGAAAUAGUUUUAGGUGUGACUGAGGAAUCUACAAUGGGAACUGAAUGUUUGGUACAUUUCUUAACUCAGUUCCACUACAUGAACAGUGUUCUAUCCAGUAACAAUGUAUUUUCAUCCCUGUUAAAUUCUUGUCAAUGUAACAAUUCCAAGUAAUAAAUUUGUUAUGAAAUAUUGA